AUGCACACAGGCAUGAUGCCAGCGACCGCCUCGUCUUUGCGACUCUACAUCUCCUGGGCUCUUCCCUGUUCCUUCGGGCUCCGCAACCAUCGGAAGCUGCGGCGACGGAUCGCAAAGUUCGUUUUCUGUAACUUUGCUGCAGCGCCGCGAAACUUUGAUCAUUUGCUGUCAAGUCCUCGUCGUGUCAUCGGCGACGGCGCUUCCGAAGCUCAGCUGCGCCUCCACAGCCUGUCACCGCUCGGAUCAGCCGCUGGCAAUACGCUGCGUCUCUGCGUAUGCGUCCCUUUCGGCUGUACCUUCGGCAGCUCCGCUUUGUGA